GAAGCAACAAGAAAUAGAAGAAAUACAUAUGUACAUGGUUGUGUGAACGUGUGCAUGCAUGAACUAAUUACUUUCAUAUAAUGUAAAAUAAAACAACAAUUUAAAUGUUAAUAUUAUGCGAUUAUAAGGCAAUGACCAAUUGCAGCAAAACGAAUAUAUAUUGCAACAAAUGUUCGGCUAAUGUGGAUAUGAGAUUAUAUCAAAACUUUCUGAAACCAACAAAAUUAAAAAAAAAACAUACAAUCUUAUUCGAUACGAUGGUAUAACAUAACCAUUCACAAUGCAAUACACACAUAUUUAAUAUAAUUCAAUACAACAUGACAUAUACAUAUGGGCAAUAGACACACUUUUUUUGGCAUAGAAUACAAAACUGUGGAUGCUAUUAAUUGAAUUAAACAUAUUUUAGUCAAGAUCACUGGAAAAAAAUCAAAAUUCUUCCAUCAAUUAUCCAAAUUGACCAUUGAUUAAACACAAUAUGAUAUAUUUCUGAAAUUUGCAUUUUCAAUGUGGCCGGAGAUAGUAUUCUUUCCACUUCGAAAUAAAUUUCAUUAAAGACAACCAGCUAAGAGUUUAGGAUUAAUUUUUAUCAAUAUUAUAUUCAUAAAAAUAAAUAGCGUUAUAAUAUUUUUACGUUCGUUUCUAAUUUUUCAGUAAACUUAUUUGAUUCUAUAAGAUUUCUAUUCACAAUAUGAUAUCCGUCUUGUGACAGCGCUAGUUUUGUAAUAAAAUAAAGUAAUUAUAAUAUCUAACCAGUGGUAGAUGAAUAUUUGCUGUGUGUAUAUGUAUGGCAAAUUUGAACAUGCAAGAGACAACAUAGCUAAGGUAUUGCAUUGGCCACGAAUGAGACACAAAGUGAAAAAUAUUCAAAUAAAUUAUCAUAGAUCAACACGCAUUCAAGUCAUAUGAUUCAAAAGAUUAUUGGCUUAUUGAUUAUUGGCGGUUUUUGAAAUCAUUCAAUAUAAAAACCACAGUUAAAAUUGAAAGUGAUGCUUUUAUAUACAACCAAAGAGGCAAAAAUAGAAGGCAUCAACAAAGGGAAGGAUAAGAAUAAAGAAAUAUUUACAAAUAACAGACUGUCAUCAAAACGAAUCUAGAUUACACGUACAUUUAGUGUAUUCAUCUCUCACAAUAAGUCGUUUGAUUGUGCAUAAAAUCCAAUUUUCCAAUCGAAAUUCUAUCAAAUAAUAUCCAAUUUAAUCGUUUAAAUGAACAAUGAUCAAAUUAAAAUCGUUGUUUCGUAGACAAGGUCCAUCAAAUGGAUCUUCAAAGCAAUCAUCAAAUGCAAGCAGCCAAAUACGUGGUGCUGCAUCUACAUCAAGCUUAAACAGUAUUGGUUUAUCAACAGCAUCAUCGUCGUCUACGGCAGUAACACCGAAAUCAACAAAAGCCUCACUUAAAAAAGUCCCGCACACCGGCUCAAAUGAUCGUUUUGAUUCAACGUUUUGUGAAUCGCGCGAGAGUCUUGACAUAAAAAAAAGCUCCAGCCCAAAAUUAUAUAGCACAAGUAGCGGCGGCGAAAGUACCAGCGGUUUUAUUAGUAGCCUGGCAAAUAGUAAGUCACAUUCAUCGAUUGUCGUCGGUGACGGUGCCAGCAAUAGUGUAUUAUCAACAUCAACAUCACCGACCGGUACUCCACAACAUAAUAAACACCACACACGUACUGAACUAUAUCAAUUAUCGAUGACAGAACAUUCACCUGAUAGAUUAAUAAUCGGAUCUACGGUCGUACCAUCAGGUGUAAAUCAAAAUGUAGCAGGCACAUGCAUUGGUAUAGUGGUUGCCGGAGAACUUAAAGAUAUCGAUACAGAAGUUGGUGUAGAUGAUGGAUGUGGCAGUUGCUAUUCGAGUUCGAUGCGAGAUUUAUUAAGUGAUGAACUCCCUGAAGAUUGUACAUUCAAUGGUAACGACGAACUUCAGCAAUAUCAAAUCAUUCAGGAAUUGCAAGAGAAUCUCGAACAAGUUGCACGUGACAAAAUGGAACUUGAAUCUAAAAUAAUCGAAAUGUCAUCAUACAAAAACGAUAUGUUGAUGUUACAAAGCGAAAUUGUUAAACUUCAGGUCAACUACGAUAAAGCGAUCAAAGAAAGUCAACAACUAAGUGAAGAGAAUGAAUCAUUACGAAAUCGUUUACGAGACGUUGUAAAUUCACCUUUGUCUGAUACGGAGAAGCAACAAAUUAUUGAUGAUUCUCAACACCGACUACAUAGCUCGGCACCGGCAUCAAUAGCUCUACCAAAUAAUGGUGAAGGAUCACCAUGUAUCACAACACCUGAUUGGGAUAAGCAUUCAUCUAGCAGUGAAGUUUCAGUGGCAUGUUUACAGGAUAAAAUUAUUCAGAUGGAAGAGACGCACUAUUCAACAAACGAAGAACUACAAGCAACAUUACAAGAGUUGGCCGAUUUACAAUUACAACUAUCGGAACUUCAAUCAGAUAACGAUCGUCUGAGCGAAGAAAAAGAAGUACUAUUUCAAUCGUUGUGUCGUCAAACAGAAAAACUAGAGUUGCUGUUACGGGAAUCAGACCAGCAGGAUGCUGUCAUGACCACUGAACGUGAACAAAAGUUAUUGGAUUUAUUGAAAAGUGCGCAAGAGGAGGUAUAAUGGAUCCUAAAUUAAGAAAAAUUUGUAAAUGAAACAAAAAUCGCGAUAGCAAACAGAUUGCUGAAAAAUUGAGAUUUGGUAGUAGUAGCAGUGGAACAGAGGACAAGGAGCAUUGCAUCGGAACUAUUUAUCACAUUCUAAUGAGUUCAUUUGAAUCUUCUAUUGUAUGCAACAAGUGCGGUUAUUCGCAUACAAAAACACAAGCUUGGCGGGUGUGUUUGGUUUGUUCGCGAAUCAACAAUACAAUGGACGCAAGCAAACUAUUGUUUUGGACCAUAAUCUGAAUGCAUUACGCAAUAUGCAUUGUGUAUGAUACAAGAUCUUCAAAUCAAUUAUGAUUUCAAUCGAAGUGCUAUUUCUAAUGGAUUUACGACAACAUAUGACAAAUGCUACCGCAGAUUAAAUACAUCACCUCUUCGGCCGUCUUCCUUAGGUUACUACGUCUGCGAUCAAUUUGCCCUGAGAUACCAACUUGGCAUCAAGUACUAUGUUAUAGUAAGCAUUUUUUUUUUCUUCCACAGAGUCGAGUUCUCAACACUACUACCUAAUCUCAAAUUUAAGCAAUGCUGUUACAAAUGUGUGGCAAUUACUUUGCUCUUAAAACCAUGAUAUAUAUAUAUAUAUUAGGGCGGGUCAAUUUGUAUGGAAGAUUUUUUAAGAGGUCUGCCUCAGCGAAAUUCGUAAAAUACAU